UUGAUCAUUAAAAAUAAAUGUCUUCGAAUGUAUAAAAUGUGAAAAUAAAUUAUUUAACAAUUUAACCCUUUCAUUCAGACCAUUUGCAAAGUAUCAGAAAAUGAAUUAUUUAUCGAUUAAAAUAUAGGUGGUGAAAAUGUGAAUUGCAAAGAAAAGAGUCUCACAUUAUAAUUCAAACGGGACAAAAGUUAUAUUUCUCCUUUUCCAUAUAUAAAAUGAAUAAAAAUUUAUAGACUGAAAAAAUAAAAUAAUUUCCUUUUAAAAAUGUUUACUGGAAACAUAUUAUUUACUGUAUUUCGAAUUUUUGGAAUAUGGCGACCCACAUUUUUUGCCAAAAAAAAUUGGCAAAUUAUUUUCAGUAAAAUUUAUUCAAUUUUUAAUUUUACCGUUUAUUUUUAUUUUGUAUUUUCAUUUAUACCCUAUUUAAUGCAAGUGAUUAAUAAUGUUGAUGAAUUUACAAAAACUCUUUUCUAUUUUUCUGCAACAUUUGCUAUUUAUAUAAAAAUAAUUAGUUUUGCAAUUAAAAAAAAAACUGUCAUCGAAUUAGAUGAAAUGUUGUCGGAAAAAAUUUGUCAACCACGUGAUAUUUAUGAAUUUGAAAUAUUACAUCAAGUUUCACGAACAUGCAAAAUCAACACCAUCAUCUAUCAGUUAAUGAUUAAUUCAAGUUUAAUUAUUUUAUUUAUAACAUCAAUUGAGAAGAAUGGACAAUUUUCAUUAAUGAUUUCAUCUUGGUUUCCAUAUAAUAUUAAUAGUUCUAAAUUAGUAUUUUUUUCCACCUAUUUAUAUCAAAGUUUUGCACUUAUCAUAACAGCUUGGACAACAAUAGCAAGUGAAUGUUUUGCUAUGAUAAUUAUACUUCGAAUUGGUGGACAAUUAGAUAUUAUUAUUCAUCGUUUAAAUUCAUUAUCCAUUGGAAAUUAUGAAAAUUAUCCCGAAUGUGUUAAAUAUUAUUUUGAAUCAAAAAUAAUUAGAGACUGUGUUGAACAUCAUAUUUAUAUAUUCGCAAUUGGAGAAAAAUUAAACGAUUUAUUUGGUUUUGUAAUAUUUAUACAAUUCUUUGCAUCGAUGAUGGAUUUGUGUCUUAUAAUUUUUCAAUUAUCAAGAAUGAAUACAGAUGCAUUGAUGUUUUUAAUACAUUUAGGUUCCAUUAUGUUUCAAACUUUUGUCUACAAUCUUUAUGGAGAGAAACUAAUUGAAAAAAGUUUGGCGAUUUCACAUGAAAUUUGGAAUAUUGAUUGGCCCAAUUUAGCAAAGAAGACAAAAUAUGAUCUAAGUAUGAUUGCAAUGCGAGCAUCUCGACCAAUUCAAUUGUCUGGUUCUUCUGCAAUCAUCAUGUCCAUUAACACAUUUGUUAAAGUAAUCAAAUCCGCUUAUACUUCUUAUAAUUUACUUUCAAAUGUUUCAUAAUUUAAAAUUAAAAAAAAGGAAGUGAACAAAUUUUUUUUUAACUCUAGCAGUAUUAAAUACUUCCAAUAAAAUAUUCUUCU